AUCCAUCCCUUUGUUGGUCCACAGCCAUGGCGACCCUUCGAAAAAGCUCAACUCUUCCAUCAGAGUUGGUAAACCCUCCGCCGUCUCCCUUCACCAAACUCAGGGCCGACGAUCUGCUCGUAGAAAUUCUGAUUCGACUCCCGACUCCUAGAACCGCCUGCCGCUGCAAAGCCGUCUGCAAGCGGUGGAACUCCCUAAUCUUCUCUCCAUACUUCAAUCGCCGCUUCAUCUCUCACUAUCAGACAAUCAAAGAUGGCCCGCCUCUGCUUCUUCGCUCCGACGACCACCCGGAAACAUCGACCAUCCUCAGCUUUCUCCCUGUGCCGCAGCAAGGUCGAGGCCGUUUUGCAGUCCUUGAUUCCUUCAAGGACUUGCUUUUGUGCGGGUUUGUGGAUCGAGUUUAUGUCGACAACGAACUUGGUAGAUCGUAUUUGGUCUGCAAUCCGAUUACCAAGCAAUGGAUCGCGCUUCCUUUAGCGCCUGAAAAGGAGGGUGCUCAUGGCCGUGCCUAUAUAAAAUAUGUGCACGCGAGGUUAGUCUGUCAACCCCGUCAUAACUAUCAUCUUCAGCUAGGAGAUGGCCAAGUAUGUGUUCAUUCUGAGUAUCGGUUUCGGGUGGUGUGUGUAUAUGCAACUUUCGAGCCGGUUGCAACUUUAAAACUGGACGUGUAUUGUUCAGAGUCUGGAGAAUGGACCAAGGAUGCUCUUGUUCUUGCUGGUCGACUAAGAAAGAUUCGGCCCCAUUCACUUUCGUGCAAUGGGGAGUUAUUUUGGUGGUUUCAUUAUACCGGGGUUCCUGGCUAUCCAAUGGUGGCUUUCAAUCCUUUCUGCCUUGAAAUGCCUCCCACCGUUAUUGAUACUUCUUCAAUCCCACAGCCCGAGUCCAAACGCCGAGAGUGGAUUGCUUCUGUCUCACAAGAUGCUUUGCACAUAAUUGUAGCUGAAGCUAAAAGGGCACCUAUUAUUUAUUCAAGGAAUGCCUUCACUGUUUGGAGGCUGGAAGAAGAUGGUAAGUCUUGGAGGAAACUAUAUGAAAUGUGGUUGAGUGAGACAUCAUGGAGUGAUUACGACCUCGAGUAUAUUCAAGUACGUAAUCUGCAUCCAGAAAAGCCGGAAAUCAUCUUCUUGCAAUCUUUUGGUCAUCGUCAUGGUUUUGCAAUCUUGUCUUGCAACUUGCGGACGGGUGAGCUAGAGUUCUUGGGUCCUCUGGGACAAUGUCUGGUUCCUUUCGUAAGUUUUCAGCCUGGCCUCUCUAGCUGCCCUAUUUCGAUUCCAAGGUAUAAGGAAUUGCGAGCUGUGUAUGAUGGAAGCUACAAUUGUUUGGUUCAGACUGUGGAAGCAACUCCUAUAAUUGGUAUCACUUCUGCUUCUGCGAAUUUACCCUUGCUUUCUCAAAUCUAAGAUGAACAGAUGUGUUGCAUUUGUAUUCUCUGUCUUUUUUGUGGUUUGGCUUCUAAUAUGAUCACCGUAAACUCAACAAGGUCUGGAUAGAAUGUAAACCCCAGGCAACAUAGCUCGAUUGAGAAAGUAAAACCCAGCCCUGAAACCACACGAAUUCAACGCUCCAAACAUGCCAUGAUUACCUGUAAUACCGCGGAUAGAUCAGCGAAGUUCGUGUUCGUCGAUCGCUGCAACCGCCGGUCUCUCAACUGUUUCAACGCUGGAGAGGGAGAAGUGAAUGAAAGGAUCGACCGUAGGGGCGUUCCUCAACUGACAAAUGUAAAAUAGUUGAGGGGCCAUGGACGUAAAAACUAUAAACUAAAGGAUGCAAU